CUAAUUACAGUGCCAGGCCCAGCAGACUGGAAAGAUAAAUUUGACGACUGUGGUCAUUCACACCAAUCUCCAAUUGACAUCGUUAAAAGUGAGACCGUGAAGGAGAGUUACAGUCCUCUAAAAAUCACUUUCGACAACGCAAGGGGGCUGGUGACUGGAAAGCUUGAAAAUACUGGACAUUCACCAAAACUUACAAUUGCUGAUUCCAAUGGAGCUUCACUAACUGGGGGUCCCCUGGGAGAUAAAACUUUCGAAUUGCUCCAGUUUCAUGUUCAUUUUGGCUGUGCAAAUGAUCGCGGAUCUGAGCACACCCUUGAUGGAAAAAGAUUUUCUGGUCAGGUAAGUAUAUGACACAAACCACUUGAAACCUUUCUUUGUAUACCUCUAGUGGCGGUAAAAUUUCAGGUUUUUUGUAGCUAUACCCUGGAAAAUCUGUGAGGGGCACAAAUCCGCUGGAUAGCCUAUCUUUUCAAGGAGCUGAGCGAAGUCAUUAGCUCCACUUUUCUGCUGCAAUUAUACUGAUAAUCAAAAACGAAAAUGACGAAGAAUAUUUCGAAGACAGGCAUUUCCUUAGGAUUCAGUCUCUCAAUUGGGCGUUCCAUCUCCUUAAAACAAAUGUUACACACAAGCUAAUUGCUAAAAAAUGGUGAUUAAAAGCGUAUUUUUAUCAUAAUUUCUUCCGGCUACCACUCCCAUAAAUUUUGGAUAGGUGUGCCGCCCAAGGUCUUAAACCCUUACCCUACUUAAGGAUACGACAAACAAACGUUUAUACGCUAUUGAAGGCUGAAACCCAAAAACGGUAAUGAAUGGGUAAUGAAUGCAAGGGGAAAACAAAACCAAAGAAUUUGAAAACAACACACGAACCUAUAUAUAUAUAUUAAAUCGCUUUCACAAUACUCUCAGGGAUCGUUCAGUUUUAACGCGACGGAGACGAUUUAUUAUAUUUCUCGUGCUGGGCAGUUACGCACUAGAAUUUUAACUGACACAAUUUAGGUACACUACCUAAGGAUCACUCGAGGAACACAAUGCCAAAAAAGCCAAAAAUGAUACCCUUUUUAAGAUUCGAGAAUCCCAAGAACCAUAUAUACCCUCUCGGGCGGCACAAACUUAUCUAGACGAGAUGCAAAAACCAGUUGUCUUGUGAUUUAAACAGAAAGGUUUUCUCUUGCCUGGCUCCCAACACGUGCUUUUGCUUCCACUUCUGAUUGGCCAGUUAGCAUGUCUACAUCUGCAAUGUGAUUGGCCAGAUGAGCCACGGUAGUUUUUGUUUGCAAGACAUUAUUUUCGCAAUGGGUGACAUGCUGGGAUGCGAAAGUAUGUGUGGAGCACGACCUUCCAGAGGUCAGUUAAAUAUAGUUUGAAUGGAAUUCCUCGUAGUCUCUACACACACGUGAUAUACGCGUGCCUUUACUGGAAUAAACUCAACGUAAAUAACUGUGAGCUUUUGCUCUUUUCCCCAGCUUCAUAUGGUAUUUGAUGGUCCUGGAGAAGAGCUUGCAGUCGUAGCCCUUUGGAUUAAGGUACACCCUGUCUACUUCUCUGGUUACUUUUCCUUAAUCCCCAGCAAUAACAAAUAAAUGGGAACAAAUCUAAUGCAGUUUCGCCUUUAUUUAGUCGAAUAAUUCAGCGUCAAAAGAAAAAUUGAUUCAAGAAGCCAAAUUUUUUUUAGAAGAAAAUGUGGCUUAUAUGACCCUCCAGAAAAAAUGACGCCCAAUACUUCAUCGUUGAAAAUUAAAAUUGCGGUUUUUCAAUUUAUACAAAAAUACCUUUAUUGUGUCCUUUGAAAUUAAAAAAACAAACAAACAAACCAAAAACAACAACAACAACAAGGAAAUGUAGCAGCUACGGAGACUUUUUUUCAGCUGUAGGUUUUUUCACCAAAUAUACCUGCCGAUAAAAAUUGAUCUCGGGAAAAAAAAGGAUAUUUAAUUGUUUAAAAGACAAAAAUUGGCAAUAGCGAAUAAUACUUUAGCUUCCUUGGAUGCAUCUAGGAAGUGUAGAAGUAGGAGGGCGAUAAACAAAAUGUUGCAAAUCACAAGAAGUUCGAUGUAUUGAAUUAUUUACAGGCACCCUCCAAAGGAAAUAAAAUUUUUGGAAAGUUAGCAAACCUGAUGAAAUACAUCCUCGACGUUGGUAGGUAUAUUAGAAUACUUAUAAAAAGUUCAAACACGAAGAACAUGUGAACAAAUCCUCACUGUCCCCUUCUCGCUUUUAUUCUCUGUUUGUGGGCAAUCAGCAACGUCCGCCCCCUUCUUCCCACACUUGCAAAGUUUAUCAGCAAUCAUUUAUCCUUUAAGCUCCAAUAUCCACGUAAAAAUUCUCCAGACCAAUCUCCAUGCAUUUCCUUAAAGAAUAGGUCGAGAGAUUUGAUAAAAGAUCAACGCAUUCUCACUUUCUGUUUGGCAAUCAUUUUUUUAAAUUCACUGACCCCCAAAAAUUCGAUUUGCACCAAAUUUACUCAGUUCCAAAAGGGUGCGAAAAAAUGUAAACUACAGUUAAAUCAAGGGAAAAGAUGAUAAAUACGGCAUUUGCCCUUGAAUUUACAAGCUAUGUAAACUUGGAUGCAAAUGCGGGAUUUACCAGAUCUUUGCCUUUGACUUACUCCUAGUUUGCACUUUUUUGCGCUUUAUUUUUAUUUGUCGCGAGCAAAUACAUGGAUAUGUAAAUCUAAUUUUUCGUUCAGUGAUUCUCAUGACCUUUCCUGUUGUUUGUGCAUUGAUAUUAGUAGUAGAAAGAUGAUGUUGGUUAAUCUUGGAAUUUAAAGAGUUUAAUGCUGAUGUCACAGCUCAGUAAGGGAAAAUGUCGUUGCCUCCGUUACUUACACGAUAUAAUUUUAAUUUUAGGCACAAUUUUCGUUAUUUUCAUUUUACGACGUUAAAGAAUGACCAAAAAAGGACAAUAAAAAUAAUUAUUAAGUACAAAAAGUGAAAUAACAAAUGAAAAUUAUUGAGCUACUUUUUGGGUUACUUUGAAGAGCUCAAAUUUCCCAAAAGAACUUUUAAGCAAAACUUGAGAACACGUCAGAUCUCUGCCUCGUUCCCAUGUGACUCAAGUGUUUACCAUGGGAACGUAAAGUGUUGGCUCAAAAGACCCCUGGGGAGGUUGGGCAUUUUCCUCUCCGCCUUUCCCAUGAUUCCUUGCGCGAAACCAAAAUUACUCCAGUUGACGUCGAUCAUGUAUCCGCCAGAGCGCUCCUGGGUCAGAUCUUUCACUAGAUGAAAGAUGCUCGGCUCAGCUGUUUGAACGCUUAAGGAAACAAUUCAAUGUCACCUUAUUUUACAGAUAAUACUCAUACUGUGGACAAGAAGGAUGGAAUUUAUCUUAUGGAUCUGAUUCCCCAACAUUGUCCAAACGGUAACGGCAAUGGUAAUGGCAAUGGUGGUAAUGGUAAUGGUAAUGGUAAUGGCAAUGGUAAUGGUAAUGGCAAUGGCAAUGGCAAUGGCAAUGGUAAUGGUAAUGGUAAUGGUAAUGGUAAUGGUAAUGGUAAUGGUAAUGGUAAUGGUAACGGUAAUGGUAAUGGCAAUGGCAAUGGCAAUGGCAAUGGUAAUGGCAAUGGCAAUGGUAAUGGCAAUGGUAAUGGUAAUGGUAAUGGUAAUGGUAAUGGCAAUGGUAAUGGCAAUGGCAAUGGCAAUGGCAAUGGCAAUGGUAAUGGUAAUGGCAACGGUAAUGGCAAUGGUUAUGGCAAUGGUAAUGGUAAUGGUAAUGGUAAUGGUAAUGGAGACAAUGGUAAUGGUGGUAAUGGCAAUGGCAAUAAUAAUAACAAAAAGGACUCCAAAAGUUUGACUUUAGAAUGUUACUACAGUUACGAGGGUUCCCUCACUACGCCUCCUUGCCUUGAAACAGUACACUGGAUAGUUGUGAAAGAUUAUCUCCGGGCCUCUACCAGGCAGGUAUGUAAUGCUCAUGCACUAACUUAAAUAACUGACUUGGUCUAAAGAGAGCUUUUAUUUUACAAUUAAGAGUGGACACUCUACAGGUAAACUAAGAUACGGGACUAGAUCUGGUUAAGACCGUCGAUGUCAGAAUAGCAUGACCGGUCUUCGUUUUAUUAAAUGGGAAGAGAUCUGCCGGACUUACGUUGGGAACGGGAUGGGGUUGCAAUUGUCUCGUCGUAGCGCGUUUUAGCGGUAUCAGAGAAGGUCGGGACGAGAGAGCCUUGGCGAUCGGAUGUGGCCAUUUCGAGAGUCUUAAGCCUCAGGACAUCGUUUAGUGCAGAGUUAAAUGAGGUAGCUCGAAAAUUUGAGGGGGACCACAGGUUUAGCCUGAGCCACAGACGAAACUAAACUCUGGUUAAGUCUGUCUGCGAAACAGGGCCGAAAUCCUUGUUCUGGGCCCCCACUUGUGUACCAGGAUUUGAGUACGUGCCAUGAUUGGCCUGUCGAAAAAGCCAUUGCCAGUAUUCCGAUCAGCAUGAAAGGAAAUUGGAAACGCACUUCCAGUAAUUCGUUGAGUCCGUUGGGGGCCCAGAACAAGGAAAUCGGCGCUGCUUUGCGGACCCUAUUAGCCGAGGUUAAAUUACGUCUCCUAAGCAGGCUGCCACACGGGCAAUUCCCAGGCGAUACAACCCAGACUGUUCAAGGUCCCCUAUUUUUCGGUGAGAUCGAAGAGAUCGAGCACUUUGCUUUAUGGGCAGCCAUCUUGGUUUCUAAUAUUUGGCGUCUAGCCUGGGAAUGAGUGUCAAAUCUAUAUAAACCCAGACGCCCGCAGUGAAAUCAAGAUGGCUUCUAGUUGCGGUACUUGCUGACCAUGCUAUAAUCCUGGCGAUCUUACGAAAAAAUAGGGGACUUUUAACAGUCCACUGUAACCUCAAUGGCGUAAACAGGAAGGACUGAGUUUUCCCCCAGCUGGAUGGUAGUUGAUAAAGUCUGACUUACACGGCAUUUAAAAGGGAGAGUACGCGAUAGGAUUGGGCUAUCGCAUUUAAUACCCGCACUCCCUGGUAGAGGACCCAUGUGCCGGUUCGUAUGCUAGGAUUCUCUUAAAAUUUCAAGGUGUUGCAGUGAAUCCAUCUUAAUGAAAGUUUCAGACAUUGUUAUAUACAUCAUGAAGAUUAUGUAAUGAGGUUUAAAACGAAUUCUGUCGAGCCGUUUUAGAGAUAAUACAGAAAAGUGCUUGAAGUCAAAAUUUAGAAUGUAGUUGCACUUCGGUGGUGAGAAAACAGGUCAGGUUUCAGGAUCGCAAGAAAGAAAAUACACCAAAAUUUCCUAGCAUCGCAAAAGAUAUAAGCAGCCUUCUGGCGCUACUCAAGACUAAUGUGAGUUCUUUAGAACUUUUUUAUUAAACAUUUUAUCACGGCUAUUGAAAAUAUAAGGUUUAAAAUUUAUUUUCGUUUAAUUUGAAUUCAAACACACCGAAUUUUUUACUUCUCACGGAGGUUAUUUGCUAAAAACCACACUUUAAGUUUUUGGUGUCGGAUUUUGCGAAGCAGGUCUAGAUCGCGCAAAAUUUGGAAUUUAUCGAUUUGAAAGUUUUUUGUUUAUUGUUGUCAUAGUGAUAUCGAUUUUACUAAAAACUGUAUUUCGACAAACUUUAAUUCAUAGCCAAUCACUGGUGAAAAUUUUGUAGCGAUCAGACAAGGAUAAAAUCACUUUUAAGGUGAUUGAAAAACAUCGGUAUGGUCUCCCAAAAAACUCUAUCGAAAUACCUUAAACCAGAUGAUGGGUCGUAAGUUUCCUUACUUGACAUAUUUUUUUUUUGUGUUUCAGCUUAACAAGUUCAGGAAACUUAAGGGUGAACAUGGUAGAAAUCCUCCUCUCAUGUGCGACAACUACAGACCAGUCCAACCACUGAAUGACCGCACUGUUUACUCCGUCACAAAUAACGAUUAG